CAAUUGAGGGGUCUAUUCCAGUUGUCCAAAUGCUUCACGACAUAAGAAUUAUGACUCGCAUGAAAAAUGGAACUGCAUGCUUGUCUUUGAUUCGAACUCCAUUCUUCCAGCACAACUACUAUUCUAUAUUUCUACAGCUAAAGAGGCAGGAAACACUAACGGGAAGGGCCUAAUGGACAUGGUGCACCUUCCCGUUCUCAUCCUCCUGAUCUUGAGUUCGCCCUGCCAAUCCAAUGACCAGCUCACACAGGCAAAGCCACUCUCCCCUGGAGACCUUCUCAUCUCCAAGGAUGGAGUCUUUGCUCUUGGCUUCUUCUCCCCAACCAACUCCAACAAGAGCUCAUACAUCGGAAUAUGGUACCACAACAUCCCCAAUCACACCGUUGUGUGGGUCGCCAAUCGUGACAGCCCAAUCACCACUCCGUCAGCGAAGCUCGCCAUCACCGACAACCAGGAGCUAGCCCUGUCCGACGACGAGGGCCGCACCCUAUGGACGACGGCGAGGGGGAGCAGCACCGCCACCGCCACCACCGGAGGUGCUGGAGCUGUCGCCGUGCUACUCGGCUCUGGAAACUUCAUCCUCCGGUCGGCGAACGGCACGGACAUGUGGCAAAGCUUCGAUCACCCGACGGACACAAUGCUCCCAACGAUGAAGGUUUUGCUCAGCUACAAGGGACAUGUGGCGACGCGCUUCAUUGCUUGGAAGGGCCCUGCUGACCCAUCCACCGGGGCCUUCUCCGCUAGCAUCGAUCCCAGCUCAAACCUUCAGUUCUUCGUCUGGUAUGGGACCCGGCCCUACUUGCGCAUCAAUUUUUUCGGCGACACCUCGUUGUUCGGGGGCGGCGGCACCACCUCUUCCUCCAUCGUGUACCAGAGGACGGCUACAGGGGACGAGUUGUCCUACAUGUACACGGUCCCCGACGGCUCAUCGUACACGCGCUUUUUGCUCGAGUACACCGGCAAGGUCAGGGUCCGGGCCUGGAACAACAGCACAUCAUCGUGGGCAGCCGGUUUCGAGCGCCCCAGCUCUAGUUGUGACCUCUACGCGUCGUGUGGCUCGUUCGGCUACUGCGACAACACGAUGGCUGUCCCAGCUUGCCAGUGCCUCGACGGGUUCGAACCCAUCGACGGCCUUGACAUGUCUAGAGGAUGCCGGAGAAACGAGGCACUGGGAUGUGGAACGAAGGAUCGUUUCGUGCCUUUGCCUGGGAUGAAGGUUCCCGGCAAGUUCUUGCAUAUCGAGAACACAAGCUCCGACCAGUGCGCGGCGGAAUGCAGGAAGAACUGCUCUUGCACGGCGUACGCUUAUGUCAGCAUGAGCAGUGCUGGAACUUUGGCCUCCACAUCGAGGUGCCUGGUUUGGACUGGGGAUCUCAUCGACACGGGGAAAGUUGGUAUCUUUGGUUCUGACUUGUACCUUCGGCUUGCUGGCCGGUCUCAUGUUCGAAAUAAGAGCAAUAUAGAAAAGAUUUUACCCCCGGUUAUAGCAUGUGUGCUGCUACUCUCAUGCGCAGCCCUUGUUUGGAGAUGCAAAUACAGAGCAGCAGGCAAACAGCACAAGAAGGAAGCCCGAAAGAGAAUAAUGCUAGAAUACUUAAGGUCUACUGAUGAAGAUGGCGACAACAAUGUAGAACUCCCUUAUAUUAGCUUCAAAGACCUCGUUGUGGCAACGGACAAUUUCUCUGAUUCAAAUAUGCUUGGCAAGGGAGGUUUUGGCAAAGUUUACAAGGGAUUCUUGGAUGGUACCAAGGAAGUAGCCAUCAAGAGACUUAGCAAGGGCUCCGGACAAGGCACGGAGGAGUUCAGAAAUGAAGUGGUCUUGAUUGCAAAAUUGCAGCACAAGAACCUAGUUAAGCUUCUCGGUUGUUGUAUUCAUGAAGAUGAGAAGUUGUUGGUUUAUGAAUACUUGCCCAACAAAAGCUUGGAUAAAUACCUCUUUGACUCUGCAAGAAAGACAAAGCUUCAGUGGCAGACAAGGUAUAAAAUAAUCCAAGGGAUAGCUAGAGGAAUUCUUUACCUCCAUCAAGAUUCAAGACUAACAAUUAUUCAUAGAGAUCUCAAAGCAAGUAACAUCUUGUUAGACAAAGAGAUGAUACCAAAGAUAUCAGAUUUUGGUAUGGCCAGGAUAUUCGGCGGUGAUCAGCACCCAGCAAAUACUAACAGGGUUGUCGGGACAUAUGGUUACAUGUCCCGUGAAUAUGCAAUGGAAGGUGCAUUUUCGGUCAAGUCUGACACCUACAGCUUUGGUGUUCUACUUUUGGAGAUUGUGAGUGGAUUAAAGAUCAGCUCACCUCAUCUUAUCACGGAUUUUCCUAACCUUAUUGUAUAUGCAUGGAACUUAUGGAAGGAUGGUAAAACAGAAGAUUUGGUGGACUCAUCUGUUAAGGAGAACUGUCCAUUAGAUGAAGUUUCACGGUGUAUCCACAUAGGACUUUUGUGUGUUCAAGACAGUUCAGAUGAUAGACCGCUCAUGUCAGCAAUUGUGUCCAUGCUGGAGAACAAAACCACGCAGCUCCCAAUACCAACGCGACCUGUGUAUUAUGCGCGUAGGGAUGCUGAACCUGGAAGAAACUACAACAGAGCAUUGUCCUUGAAUGGCAUGAGCUUCACAGAGCUAGAAGGCCGAUAGAUGUUAAACAACAACAUUUACUCUCUUUGAAUUUCAGUAAUUGGCAAUAGUGUACCAAAUCUUUGCUUAACUGUAUUUGAGUAAGUGAAUUUGACAUAUGUGCUCCCUCUGUCUAUGAGCUUAUCACAUGGACAACACCAUACAUAAAAACUGACGAUGUCUAUAUAGGCAUGCCUCAUUUCAGAGUGAUGCUUUUUUCAUCUUCAGUUGCUUUGUUAUGUACCAGGUUGUUAAGAACUUUUCUUUAUCCUAA